AUGAUUCGACGCCCACGAGAAACCCAACCUGACGCGAUAACUUCGGAAGUAGGCCAGUUCCUUGCACCACUGGCUAUCUUUCCAUGGGGACCGCUUGCAAUGAACUACUUGGGCGUCCCUAUUGUGAUAGGUACUGCUAUGGUCGCUGUCCGCGAUGAGGAUUAUCAGAGAGCAUGUCAGAAGCUGAAGGAUUCGGCAUUCAGCGCAGUAGUCCCUAACCAUAGGCCUGCCCCCGAGUUAUUGGCAAGGCUCCCAGAUCCGGAUAGGGUUAUGAGAAAGGUGAACAAGCAGUAUGAACGUCUGGAUAAGUCAACUACAACGUUCGACUAUCCGACCGACCACCACCUAGCUGGUCGUCUCAAGUUGACUUUGCUGCCAAAUUCCUUUGCAAAUCUUCCGAUACAGGACGUUGCUAGCGACUUGGAGGCCACUAUUCCUACGAAGAAUUACGAUAUUUACGGCAAUAUAUUUCAUCCCCUUGAACACACGUUGGUUGAGAGUCUGGCCAAGGGUGUUCUCAGCGAUGAGGAUGAUGAAACUACUCCUACAUCGGUUUGGGGCGAGUCAUUAAAUACCUGGGUUGCUAUGAUGGUGUCAUACCUUGAUGUCAACAAUGAUAUUCUUGAUGGCUGUCUGGAUGAGCGUGCAGUGAAAUGGUUCAGUGUGAACUAUGGUCGAAUACACGAGGAGGAGUUUGGCCCUUGGGAUAGACGUGUCUCAAAGCGACUGGGUUCCGGGAGAGAAAUGCCCGUAGAUAUGAGGGGCAACCCGUUGGCUCAAUGA